GGACCCUGAAAAAAAGAGAGAAAAUUUUUAGUUCUAUAGAGAGUCAAGACAGAAGGAUACUAGAGCACAGAGGAGAAGAAAAUGGCUAGGACCAAGUUGGUUCUCAAGAAAAUUGAGAACAGAGCAUAUAGGCACAUAACCUUUGCCAAAAGAAAAACUGGGCUUGUCAAGAAAGCUUAUGAACUUUCAACCCUCUGUGAUGUGGAGGUUGCUCUAAUCAUUUUUUCCCCAGCUGGAAAACUCAUUCUUUUUGAGGGGAAGAAAAGGCUAGAAGAAAUUGUGUCACAUUAUUUGGACAGCCCUGCUAGGAAGCGUGGAUGAACCAGUGGAAGUUUUGUGAGCAUUAUUGAUUCUCAAUUGGAGGAUGUCCAGAGACAAAUCCUUGUUGUCACUUCCCAGCUGCAAGACGUGGAGAAUGAACUACAGUAUUUUGUGAAAAGUCCUGCCUGCAUCAAAUCACCGAGCGACUUGGAAUACCAUGAGAAGAUCCUGGAGAACACAUUGCAACUUGUCCGCAUGCGCAAGGAAGCUUUAGAAGCACAAAAGAGUGUCCCACCAACUCUGGAGACACCAUUUUAUCCACAAGCUUCAAGCUCCCAUGGUUCCUCAUUUUACUCUCGGAGUUACAACUUGAUGGAUUGGCCUUCACAGAGAAAUUUCCAAUUUCCAGGAAAUUUCACUCAACCAAAUGGCUUUCAGCCUCAAAGGAAUGGACUGGAUACUUUGGCUGGACUGCCCCCAUCCCCAAUAACAUAUCUUCAUGGGCAUGGAGACCUGGCUGGGAAUGAAAUGAGCCAUCAUCCUGAUCAGGUUGCUAACAAUGUGCUCAAUCCAGGGUCUGGAAUUGUCAAUUUCUCUUCAACAAUGAACAUCGUGAAACAGGUAACCGCAAGUACCAGUACUGCACAGCAGAGUAUGGGUCGCAAUGAAAAUUACUCAGACCUGGACCCUGCCUUCUGGUUUCCCCAUUGAUACAGGGGACAAGGUGAAUCUUAUCUUGAAUCCAACCUAAAUAAGUUUUACCUUUAAUGUCUCAUUAGAAACUUCAGUGCAAUGAAUAACUGAUGCAUUUUCAGUGGAUUUUGGCAAUAGUAAUGACUUAGUGUUGCAGUUACGAUUUUGCUUCUUUUCAUGGUCAAACUUGAGAUGGUAGAAUGUUUACAUUUUUUCAUGGUAUGAUGAAGAAUCUAGUUUCUUGAUGGGGAUUAUACUUACAUGAAGAUAUUAAAAGGUUAGCUUUAAC